GUGCAGGCCCUCAGUAAAUGAACUGGAACUUAUCUCUUUUACUUUAGGCUUUCAGAUAAACUUCUGUGAAAAGGCACAAAGCGGAAAUUGUGACCCAUUAAUCUUCCAGGGGCAUAGGGCUUCUCCUCAGAAAAUGCCUGACAGUCCUGUGCUGAUGCAAGUGAGUGCAGGUAAACGCAAAGCACUGAAGUUGAAUUUUGCAAAUCCACCUUUCAAAUCUACAGCAAGGUUUACUCUGAAUCCCAAUCCUACAGGAGUUCAAAACCCACACAUAGAGAGACUGAGAACACACAGCAUUGAAUCGUCAGGAAAACUGAAGAUCUCCCCUGAACAGCACUGGGAUUUCACCGCAGAGGACUUGAAGGACCUGGGAGAAAUUGGACGAGGAGCGUAUGGUUCUGUCAACAAAAUGGUCCACAAACCAAGUGGACAAAUAAUGGCAGUUAAAAGAAUUCGCUCAACAGUGGAUGAAAAAGAACAAAAGCAGCUUCUUAUGGAUUUGGAUGUAGUAAUGCGGAGUAGUGAUUGCCCAUACAUUGUUCAGUUUUAUGGUGCACUCUUCAGAGAGGUAAUACACACUUCCUUUCUGCUGUCAGCAUCCUCAGCAACCGGUGACUGUUGGAUCUGUAUGGAACUCAUGUCUACCUCGUUUGAUAAGUUUUACAAAUAUGUAUAUAGUGUAUUAGAUGAUGUUAUUCCAGAAGAAAUUUUAGGCAAAAUCACUUUAGCAACUGUGAAAGCACUAAACCACUUAAAGGAAAACUUGAAAAUCAUUCACAGAGAUAUCAAACCUUCCAAUAUCCUUCUGGACAGAAGUGGAAAUAUUAAACUCUGUGACUUUGGCAUCAGCGGACAGCUUGUGGACUCUAUUGCCAAGACCAGAGAUGCUGGGUGUAGGCCGUACAUGGCACCGGAAAGAAUAGACCCAAGUGCAUCACGACAAGGCUAUGAUGUCCGCUCUGAUGUCUGGAGUUUGGGGAUCACGUUGUACGAGUUGGCCACAGGCCGAUUUCCUUAUCCAAAGUGGAAUAGUGUAUUUGAUCAACUUACGCAAGUCGUGAAAGGAGACCCCCCGCAGCUGAGUAAUUCGGAGGAAAGGGAAUUCUCCCCGAGUUUCAUCAACUUUGUCAACUUGUGCCUUACAAAGGACGAAUCCAAAAGGCCAAAGUAUAAAGAACUUCUGAAACAUCCCUUUAUUUUAAUGUAUGAAGAACGUACUGUAGAGGUCGCAAGCUAUGUUUGUAAAAUCCUGGAUCAAAUGCCAGCAACUCCCAGCUCUCCCAUGUAUGUCGAUUGAUGCCGCUGCUACGUCAGACUCUAGAAAAAAAGGGCUGAGAGGAAGCAAGACGUAAAGAAUUUUCACCCUAUCACAGUGUUUUUAUUGCUCGCCCAGACACCAUGUGCAAUAAGAUUGGUGUUUGUUUCCAUCAUGUCUGUAUACUCCCGUCAUCUAGGACGUGCAUCCCCGAAGUAUCCGACUGAUCCCAGUGUUCGUGCUGGUCAGAGACCUCAUCCUGCUCUUUCCCGAUGACAUACUCAUGAAACGUGGAAGUCAGUACGAUCAAUUUGUUGACUGUGAUUAGAUCACAUCUUUAAUUCAUUUCUAGACUCAAAACCUGGAGACACAGCUACUGGGGUGGUAUUUGUCAGACUUCCGGUCCUGGAAAAACGCAGUGAUGGAUGUACUGUGUCUGAAUGUAGGGACUCGGCACGAGUGAGAAGAGCUUGCACAGCCAGCGAGACGCAUUGCCUUCUGGAGCCGGGAGACAGGAGGGUUUCUGUUCUUCACCAAGUGCAAUAGACUUACUGAUCUGAGGUCCUGUUGCUUUAUGGUCACAGUCGAUGUUCGGGGAUCGAUGUGCUCGGCCAAAUUCCCGUUUGAAAUAUCAUUUUAAAUUAGAAUGAAUUUAUCUUCACCAAAAACCAUGUUGUGUUCAAAGAGGCGAACAGUAAAAUAUCGAGACAGGACAGAAUGUGCUCUUUUCUCCUUGACCAGUCCUUCUGCUUUUCACUGGGAGACUCGGGAGUCUGCCCCUUGUCAAAGAAGGUGCUGAUCCUAAGAAUUGUCACUCAGCAUUUGGUGUGCUGCUAACCCGAGGUUCCACCUGCCACCAACCACCGGGACUGAACGAAGAAAAAUUACGGAGGGCAACGUUUACAGACGUUUUCAUGCGAGCAUCUUCUCUGGGACAGCUCCUAGCAGCUCUCUUCCCCCUUUGUCCCGAGCCUGAUACUUUAGCCAUCGUAACUCACUACCAGGGAGGAGUAGCGAGGAGCAAUGUGCCUUGAUUGAUUAGAUAGAUAGAGAUUUCUCGUAGGCAGCAAAAGACCAAAUCGCAGCUGUUUGCCGUCACUGGUCCAGGUCUUCGGUUUCUGAACCUCUUCCCCUCCCCUGUAGUCUCUUGCCACUAUGUGUCUUUUGCUUAAUCCAGUUCUUUGCCUCCCCCCACCCUCUCUAUUAAAAACCUUUAUAAUACCAGGGAUGUUCCUUACCAAGGAUUUCUAGCCCCAAAUCUCUCAGAUGCGCCAAUGUUUAAGAGGCUGAACAUCAUGGGGCUCAGUAACGUGGUAGGUGAUGAGGCAGCAUCUUUCUAGAAACACGAGUGACCCAGGGAGGACCUGAAACGGCAGUCUUAGGUGAGCUCAGCGCCUGCGAGAGCCUCUUACAGGUCAUCAUUUCUUGGAAUUGGAG